AUGGUGCCGCAGAAGCUAAAGCUUUUUAUUUGGAAAUGCUUGCAUGGUAUCUUGCCAGUAAAUGUACUAGUUAGAGAUAGAUGCUCAAGAGGAGACUGGUUGUGCAGGUGCUGUAGGGAAAGCCAAGAAACACUGGAGCAUAUGUUUUUCUUUUGCAGUAAUGCCACGACUAUUUGGGAGGCUACCCCUCUCUGUUGGGAUGGUCUCGAGAGUUUUAGGAGUAAAUUCUGGUUUUGGUGGGAAGAGCUAAAAGAUGCAGUGAAAAAGGAGAGGGGGAAGGACCGGGUUGAGCUUACUGUGCAUUUGUUGUGGCAGAUUUGGAAGUCACGAAAUGGUAUGCAGUUUAACAAAAAAAGAAGAGAUCCUAGGACAACAGUCAAUAAAGCUGUGGUGGGGUGGAGAGAGUAUCAUGAGGCUCAGCUGGAGGAGGCGGAGAGGGUUGAUGGAAGUGUGAAGGAGUGUGAAGAAACACCUGGCUGGAAGCGACCAAAGGAAGGCUGGAAUAAAAUGAACACAGAUGCUGCUUUGCAUCAAGAGACUGAUAAGGCUGGUUGGGGGAUAGUUGCGAGGAAUUGGGAUGGGGAGAUGAAGGGAGCUUGGGCACUACCGAGGUCAAUAUGUACGCAGGCAAAGUUAGAGGAAGGCUUAGCAAUCAGAUGCGCCAUGCUGUUGGCAAAGCAAAAGGGAUGGACCAAAGUAGUAUUUGAGUCAGACUGCUUGCAGGUGGUGAGAGAACUUAAUAGUGCAGCUGAGAAGGUGAUUAGGUGUACAGUGCUAGUUGAUAUAAAGAAACUUGUAUCAAAUUUUGAUGAAUGUUGUUUUGCUCAUACUAGAAGGGCAAACAACUCUGUCAGUCAUACUUUAGCUAAGAAAGCUUUACAGUUGGAAUGUUCUGCCGAAUGGAAGGAUAACUUCCCAAGCUGGGUGCUCGAGCUUGCUUAUGCAGAUUGUAAGGGCAGUUGCCCAGUUGAUACGUAA